GUCGCGCUAACCUUUUCCGACAACCCGGCCCAAGCUCUGCACAUCCAACCCCACAAGCAUGUGCCGGCGGCCCCUCGACGCGUCGUCACCAGCCCAAUGGCCCCCGAUGUAGCCUCCAUGACCUCGACGCCCUCAACGCCUGCCUUGAAGCCAUCGCAGAAACCUCCCUCCGGACCCAAUGUCCUCGAAGUCGUCUUCGGCUCGCUGCUCAUACAGCCCUGGUACCCGUCUUUCUACCCGGAAGAGCUUGUAGGCCGACGCGUAGAGCGGCUCUAUGUGUGUCAAUGGUGCUUCAAGUAUAGCAAAGAGUUGGUGGGGUUUAUUGGGCAUCUGAAAGCAUGUCCUCUGCGCAAUACACCACCGCCGGGCGUGAACGUCUAUACGAAGGAUAACUACUCCUUAUACGAGAUUGACGGCGAGAAACACAAACUCUACGCACAGAACCUUUCGCUCUUCGCCAAGCUCUUCCUCGAUACUAAAUCCGUCUUCUACGACGUUACGACAUUUCUAUACUACCUGCUUGUCGCGCACAAUCCCACACCUGAGAUACCGAAUACCAGUUUCGGCGACGAUGCAGAGGCGAGCGGGAUUGGUGCGCAAGGGCAGGUUGUCGGCUUCUUCAGCAAAGAGAAGAUGAGCUGGGACAACAACAAUCUCGCAUGCAUCUUGGUGUUUCCACCAUGGCAAAAACAAGGGCUGGGGCAGAUACUCAUGGGCGCGAGCUAUGAAAUGAGUAGACGUGAGGAGAGGCUGGGCGGGCCUGAGAAACCGCUGUCGGAUCUCGGCCGCAUCGCAUACAUACAUUACUGGUCGCAAACGCUCGCCCGGACGAUCGUAGCGUGCCCUUCCAAGAAGACACUCACCGUGCAAGAUUUGCGUGAAAAGACGUACAUUGUGCCCGAAGACAUCAUUGCGACAUUACAGGCUAUGGACGUGCUGGAGCAGAAGAAGAAAGGAGGCGCCGACGCUGUCAUCAAUAAGGCCAGGGUAAGAGCUUGGGCAGAUACACACAAGGUGAAUCUGAAGGCAUGCCCGGUCGACCCUGAUGCUUUUGUCGCGAGGGAAGUGAGCCGAAGCGUGAGUGAGGAGUCGUGAGGCUUGUAGGCUUGUAGACGUAGAUGUGUGAGAUACCCAGAAUGUAUUCGUUUCAACGAGCUCAAAUGGCAAUGGGGCGGCGUCUUCGUACUGCUGGGUGGGAAGGCUAAACGAACAGGAAUAUCGCAACUGUUCUCUCAUACGCGGUAUCAAUCACCUGCUGCUCCAUCGUAUGCCAAUUCUAUCUUCUCAGGAAUGUCGACUUCUCGUUCAACCAUUGGCGCGCAUCACACUCCAUAGUCUGCCACUAUUGUGCUUGCUUUCGGAAGUGUUUAGUCUUAUGCUUGCCCUACCAUACAUUCAGCAUGGUGAUGAGUCCGAGCACGCUAUAGA